AUGUGGAAACGGUUCAGUAUGCAAGGAAGCUACAAGUGGCUCGACAUCUUAUCUGAUAUAGUAUCGGCUUACAACAACACGAAACACCGAACCAUAAGAAUGAAACCAUCGGAUGUCACCGUUGCGAAUGAAAGGCUGGUAUUACUUCGAAUCAGCAAGUUCAAAAACGUCUUUGAGAAAGGUUACACUCCGAAUUGGACGACUGAAAUAUUCACAAUAAGCCAAGUAGAAAAUACCAAUCCUGUGACGUACAAGCUCAAAGACUAUCAAGGUCAACCCAUCGCUGGUGGUUUCUACGAACAGGAGCUCCUCAAGGUGGAACUUCCGGACAUCUAUCUGGUGGAGAAGGUGCUUCAGAAGCGGGGAAAAAAAUUAUACGUCAAGUGGCUAGGUUUUGACAAUACACACAACAGUUGGACAAAUGAAUCUGAUAUGUAA